AUGACCGACACAAACAAUAGUAAAGACAAAAGCAACCCUAUUAAACGGUCUGGAGAAGAAGACGAGCAGAUGCGUACGGUGCGCGUUUGCACCUAUCUGAGCGAUCUCCGCAAUCGCCUGAAGGAUACGUGUCAGCAGCACAGCUCGGCUAUACAAACUUCGGUGAGCAUCAUUAAAGAGCUCGGAGAUGUGUCCUCGUUGCUUGGCCAAAGCAGUGAACAGAAAGGAUCAAGUCCACAGAGCAUGACGAAGAUCAAGCGUUUGAUUCUCGAGUUUGAGAGUGCGCAAGCGUGCAAUGCAAGUCCCAGCAAAUCUACUGGCCUGGCUCAAAGCGAUCUUGGUGACUUGCGUCAGCUUAUCGGAGACUUCGAACGUCUUAAUCAGAGUCAACUACUCGGUGAGAGUCUUCUUCUCUUUAAUCGUGCUAAAGAGUCCUUCGAACAAAUCGAGACAUUUCUGGAAAAAUUCGGCACAGGCGAUGCUCAGCACCCUUCGCCGCAGGCCAGUAGUAACAGCCUGAGUCUGCGUGAAAAGAUCCAAAUGUUUAACAAAGCGGCCGAGCAGGGAAACAAUACCGCACAUCACUUUGCCUCCUGCUUUAGCAGCAACACCAGCAUGGAGGAAAUCUAUGAGUCGGCAACAGAAAUUAAGCCCAAACAAGCUCCUUCGCAUACCAACUCCAUGGGACAGUCAGGAUACGAAGGAGAUGUGGAUAGUGAGCUGGAUCAACCGGAAAAGUCUAUUAAGAUUUAAUUGACAGAGAAUUUUUCUGGUCCUAAAAACUUUUAAAACUCUCCCAUGCUCUAAUCUGUUCGGUACGUAGGUUCAAUAAAUUGUCAGUUCCAUAAACUAUACAUACAACGAGUACAUACCAUCAA